GUGGCAACACUGAGUCAGUUAGCCACGCCAUUUUUAAAACAGCCAUUUUACUUCGGAAUCAAUCAGUUUUUGCGGUGUGUUUUGUGUGAAAGUUGAAAAAGAAUGUCGAUCGAAUAUUUGCAAGUGGCCGAGGAUGAGGGCGAAGAACCCAUCGAGCUACCAACCGAAGAAGACGGUACUCUUUUGCUGAGCACUUUGGCAGCUCAAUUUCCAGGGUCGUCCGGGUUAAAAUACAGAAAUCCUGAGAACAAAAUCGUGAGAGGGGUUAGACUUAGCGAAGGGAGGCUGCAUCCGCCCCCCGAGGGGGCAUGGGGCACACAGAUUUUUUACUGCGUGUUCCCCAAAGAAAAUAAGCGCAAAUCAGAUGACAAUUUGGAAAAUUCCACGGCUAAAACAAAGCGCAUGGAGACAAAGCUCCGAUGCACAGAUCUCAUAGUUUUAGGACUGCCGUGGAAGACCACCGAGCAAAAUUUGAGAGAGUAUUUCGAGACUUUUGGAGAGGUCCUUAUGGCGCAGGUUAAGAAGGAUCCAAAAACUGGCCAAUCGAAAGGCUUUGGUUUCAUUCGUUUCGCUUCGUACGAAUCACAAAUGCGAGUUUUAGCUCAAAGACACAUGAUCGAUGGAAGAUGGUGUGACGUCAAAGUACCAAACUCAAAGGAGGGUCUGAUUCAGCAGGUCCCCUGCAAAGUUUUUAUCGGUCGUUGCACUGAAGAUCUGACCGCCGACGAUUUACGCGACUAUUUCGGUAAAUACGGCGAAGUAACCGAUGUUUUCAUACCGAAACCGUUCAGGGCGUUCAGUUUCGUCACCUUCUUAGAUCCCGAAGUGGCGCAGAGUCUCUGCGGAGAGGAUCACAUAAUCAAAGGCGUCUCAGUGCACGUGUCGAACGCCGCGCCGAAAUCCGAGACGCGCGGCGGCGGAGGCGGCGGCGGUGGCGGCGGCGGCUACAACUCGCGCGACCCGCGCGGCAGCCACGGCGGCCCGAACCGGGGCGGGGGCGGCGGCGGCCAGGGCGGCCCCGGCGACCAGGGGAUGUACCAGCAGCGCUACAACGGCCCGGGCCCGAACCAGGGCAACUGGGGCAACCAGGGCGGUCCGCGCGGCAACAUCGACAUGCCCAACCUGCAGGCCCUCGGUAUCACAGGACAGGGUCAGCAAGCUAGCAACCAACAGAACUGCAACCCGUUGGGUUUGGGCCUGAAUUUGGGCACGCUGCCCGUCAAUCCGGCCCUGGUUGCUGCCGCUCUGAAUCAGGCCAGCUGGGGACUGAUAGGCAACCUGCAAAACCAACCGGAACCCAAUUUCAACCAGGGAUUCAACAACGGGCCCAACAACAAUACCGUUCCCUCUGGAUUUGCAGGCAGCAAUCAGAACGGCGGCAACCAAGGGGGCGGCAACAACCCCGGCUUCCUGAAUUGGAUGUCGGGCGGGGGCGGCCAAUCGCAGGACGGCGGCCAGUGGCCGCGCCCGCCCCCCCAGCAGACGCAGGACAAGGGAUUCCUCAAGUACGAUUAAGCGGUCGCUAGCGAUCGGGUCGGGGCCGCGUGGCGGACGCUUUUCGAACGCUUGAGUUUUUUAUUUUUAGACGAUUUUUAUUAUUUUAUACUCUCUAACGUACGUUUUAGCUCUCGAGUUCAAAAAAAGCGUUCUACAUCGCCCUGAUCAAUAUUAUUAUAAAUGUCAAAUUACUAUCUAUCCCCUGGAAUCAACUAAAAAAAUCGUUGUUGUUAUUUAUAUUAUUACGAUAAUACACACUGUUCUGAGAGGUGAUUUUUGGACUUUCUGUGAAACCUAAUUUUUUUUAAUUCUUGUUAAUUAGGUCAGACCUAAAAUUUUAAGAGCAAAAUAAAAAAAAUUU